AUGGACCUUUCACAGUCGGGUUCCUGUCAGCCGAAGGGGUCUCAACACCCCAUUGUCUUCGUGUUCCAGAUUCUUCUGAAGAACAAACCGGUUUUAAUCUUGGAGUUGAGGCAUCCAAGCUACCUCGAUAUCCCAUCAGAACGUGAGAAGGCAGAUGAGCAGAUCAGAAGUCGCAUGACCGACACUGCUGGUAGCCUCGAUACGCAGGGCAGCCGUGCGGAGAUUGUCCCUGCUCCCAUCUUAGGAGUCAGUGAUACUGCACCUGCUAACCGUUGGAACCUUGACGUCAUGGAAGCCGCUGGAGAGGCACAACUUCGUGAUAUCGUGAAACAGAUCAAGGAUAGGUUUGCGAGGGCAGUAUGA